AUGAACGCAAACCAAUAUCAGUCACUUUCCACUGCGAGGGAAGAAAUCAUGAGCAUUUUUCCGGACCUGAAGCCCGAAAAAUUCUAUUCCGUGCCGGAUGUCGAGGCAAUGCCUCGUCAAACUCACGACCAGAGCGCUGGGGACAUCGUGCCUAACACAGAACGGACGACUCAACCGGGCUACUUAUCGGAUGCUGAAAUAUUAGGACUGGACCUUUACGUCAAGCCGCCUGAACCAGUUUACCGUCGCAUACAGCUGCCCAACUAUGCGGGUCCAGAAUUCCGGGCCGCGAUGGCAAUCGUCGACGCCACAUUUAACUGGCCGCUAGUGUUAGCAGGUGAAAACGUGACCUUCGAUCCGACCGCGGAUUUGGUGCAGGCACCGCCAACGCCGGAAGUCGAAGAGCGGCGAACGGACGACCAAAUCCUUUUGGAACGCGACGUAGACCCGGUCACGAGGCGUUGGAGUUCCGACAGGAAUGUUUCGUGGAUUUCGGAAUCCGAAACUGGAGAAGAGGACACAAAGCCACAAGGAAAGGAACGUCACCGCACUCUCUGGUGCCGAACAAAACAGUUUUUCGGCUUCAUAUUUUGUUGUGGCGCCAUCUUGUCCGAUGAGUAA